CAAGAAUUGAAUCUCUACAUUGAUUUAAGUGGACAAUUUGGAUCCCCAUCUGCUAAAAGGAGUAUGACAAAAGUUGCACCGUAUAUAUGGUGGCGUUCUUAUGGAAUAGAUACACCUAUCUUACGAAAGUUUGCUAUCACGGUUCUUAGUCAAACUUGUAGUGCUUCACCUUGUGAACGAAAUUGGAGUACAUCUGAUAAUCUGUAUUCUAAGAAAAGAAAUUAUGACCUUCAAGACUUUGUAGAUGGUGGUGAUGACCUUCUUUGGUCAGAUGUGCAAGAAGUAAUGGGAGAAAAUGUAGACGAUCAACCAAAUACUAGGAGCAAACAACGUUAUAGAGACGAUGAUUGUGAUGAUAUUAGAGAUGUGAGGAACAAUCUUGAUGAAGAAGUGAAUGCCUUCGAUGAUGUUGACUCAGAAGCCGAACCCUUGCCAUGCGAUUAA